AUUUUAGUUUUAUUAUUAUUUUUAAAUGAUAUUUUAGUUUGGUCAAGUUAAAGGGAUGCUGUGCUUUUGAAGUUGGAUUGAAUUGCUUUGGUAAAAGUAUGAAUGUUGAAGUAGCAGACUAUCUGAUUAGGGUCUAAAAAGUUGAUAAAAUAGAUUACAAAAACUGCCAAUACCUCUUAUGGUUCAUUUAUGUACAUUGAUGCAUGUCCGUCUGGUGGCGUGGGGACUAGAUGAUCGUCGUGUAAAAAAUUAUGAUGAGCAACAAUGUCAAGAUCCCCACCAUGUUAGACUUUGACCUGGGAGACGAAGGGGAUUUAUUCAAAGCUCCAGAGCCAAUCAUGGAAGAACCACUUGGGGAGCUAGAUCCUGUGACAUCAGCCAUUUCAAUGAUCUCUUGUGGUGAAGAUGUCAUCGCCUCCCAAGGACUCAAGGUUGCAAAUAUUGACUCAAUUCACCAUGAACAGCUUUUGAGUGAGGUUUUCUCUGAGUGGGAGAAGGAUCUUGUGGACAAAGGAGUGAUAGAUGCACCAUUUUCUGAGGUCCUUGAUGUCAAAAUUCCUGUUAUGAGGACUGAUGAAAACCAAAUUCAAGAAAGCAAGUUGCUUCCUGAUAUACCAUUUCAGAAAAGUGUGAGCUCUGGAAGCUUAACCUCAAUGGAAUGGGUGCGUGGGACUAUGAUGAAACCAAGUUUUCUGGAGAUUCCGGGUAUGGAUUUUGGAUCUGUUUAUGGCAUGCGGAGAGCAUUCAGUGAAGGAGACAUAAAGACUCUUGGUAAUGACAAUAUGAGCUUCAUCCACUCCCCUCACGAACAGCCUGUAAUGAUCACCACCUGCCCUACUGAGGACCGCAGGGAAAAGCUUUCCAGAUACAGAAAUAAAAAGACAAAGAGGAACUUUGGCAGAAGAAUCAAGUAUGCUUGCAGGAAGGCUCUUGCAGACAGUCAACCAAGAAUUCGUGGACGUUUUGCAAAGACAGAAGAACCAGACAUGUCCAGGAGGCAAUAACUCAUAACUAAUUCGGUAAGAAGAAGAAUAGGAAUGAAUAGCUAAGUUUGAUGAAGUGCAAUGCAAUGAAUGAGUAGUAGUGAAGCCUGCAAAGAAUUAGUGGACAGCCUAAAUAAACAAGCACCCCC